GUACUUCCUUUUCCUGAAAGAGAGGGUCUAGCCCUGACGUAGUAGGUUGUCGACGAGCGACGGGAAGGAUGGGAAAUGUGGCGGAAGCCCUCCGGUAGGCGCUUGAGCCAAUAGGGAAGCGGGAGCCUGAGGGCUCCCUCCGUGGUCUUGCCACCAACUUGACUCCACUCGGCACCCGCUCGCCCUCGGGGCACGCGCGCGAGAAUUAUGGAUCCAAACUUGUUACGUGAACGAGAGCUGUUCAAGAAACGAGCACUCUGUACUCCUGCUGUAGAAAAACGCCCAGGAGCCUCUUUUGAGUCGUCAUCAUCAAAGAAGAAGAAAACAAAGGUAGAACAGGGAGGAUCGUCAAGUUCAAAGCAAAAUGCAGAACACAGCAAUGGAUCUUUUAACUUGAAAGCCCUUUCUGGUGGUUCUGGUUACAAGUUUGGUGUUCUUGCAAAGAUAGUGAACUAUAUGAAGACACGGCAUCAGCGUGGUGAUACACACCCACUAACUCUAGAAGAAAUACUGGACGAAACUCAACAUCUAGACAUUGGACUAAAGCAAAAACAAUGGCUGAUGAGUGAGGCCCUUGUCAACAAUCCCAAAAUAGAAGUUGUAGAUGGGAAAUAUGCUUUCAAGCCUAAAUACAAUCUGAAAGAUAAAAAAGCUCUUCUCAGACUCUUGGAUAAACAUGAUCAGCGAGGCUUGGGAGGAAUACUUUUGGAAGACAUUGAGGAAGGAUUGCCUAAUGCACAGAAAGCUAUAAAGGCUUUAGGGGACCAAAUCAUCUUUGUUACACGCCCUGAUAAGAAGAAAAUUCUUUUCUACAAUGAUAAGAGCUGCCAGUUUUCAGUGGAUGAAGAAUUUCAAAAACUGUGGAGGAGUGUUCCUGUGGAUUCCAUGGAUGAAGAAAAGAUAGAAGAGUAUCUGAAACGUCAGGGUAUUUCUUCCAUGCAAGAUGCAGGCCCAAAGAAAAUAGUGCCUAUUCAGAGGAGGAGGAAGCCUGCUUCUCAGAAGAAACGGAGAUUCAAGACUCACAAUGACCAUUUGGCUGGUGUAUUGAAGGACUACUCUGAUGUGGUUCCUAGCAAAUAGUGUCUUCUGGAACGAACUCUUGAGAGCAUUGAUGCAGCUGCUCUGUUGCUCCAAAGGACCUGUGAUGUGGUUCUCCCCCAUCCUAGUCCUGAAACAGCCAGGAAGAAACAGCUGUUGAAAGUAAAGAUAAAGUAUUCAUCUAGUGCUUAUUUGUAUUUAACACAAACUUGGAUCAAGGGCUGCUUGCUCUUGGUAGGCUUUUGUUACUGGGGUAAACGUAUUUAGCAUGUAAUAUUAAGGUUCACGUUUUUGAAGAAAUCUUUGGGGUUUUGUGGGUAUUAUCUUCUAUUCAGCUGGUGUUGACUUAGAGAUAAAACCAAGUAUUUGUUUUAUCUAUGUCAAGAAAACCAGUUUAUAAUAAAAUAAUUUCAGAAAAAUAUGUUUUUUUUAUAUAUUUCUUACUGAACAUGCUUCCUCUGUCGGGAAGAGAAAAGAAAAAUAAGCCCGUAAGACCAGUGGUAGGAUCCAGCUUAAAGUAAGUCCCAUGUUUGCAACAUAGAUGGGGCUCCAUAUUUAAAUUUCUCAAAGCUUUGUGCUCUUGGGACUAUCUGAAGAUCUCCAUGAUUUUUUAAAGUUCAGUUGGUCACCUAUACAGGAAGUACUCAGAUUAUAGAAGCUGGUAUCUUCCUUGCUGGAUCAUCAAAUUUAAACUCCUAUACAGAUUAGCCUCUGUCAGAAUUGCAGGUUCGGUGACAGGAGCCGAAAUCCAAAUCACCCAAAUCCAGGUGUAUACUCAUUAAAAGUUCUUACAGUAAGAACAAUAUUGGCAUUUUUAAACUUCUACAGAAAUAAACUUUCAUCCAGGUC